AUGGCAGCACUGAACAAAAAAACUGCCACCUCCAAAAAGAAAGCUGGGCACGAUUUCAUCAGCUUCAUCGCAUCUCCUCAUCUGUCAUUGGCCCCGUUGCUCCCAAUCAGCCAGGAAGCCAAGUGCUCCUGUUUGGCAAAGUGGGGGCUCUGCGCCUUCGUGGCCUCGCGCAUGGAGGAGUUCUGCGAGCAUGUGGCGCUGCACCUGCGGCAGCACCUGCCCGGCGAGGCCCGCAGCGACGCGGACCCGCUCGAGGAAUACACGUGCCUGUGGCAGGAAUGUGGCUUCUGCUCGCCGGAGAGCCCAGCCGACCUUGUCCGCCACGUCUAUUUCCACUGCUACCACACCAAGCUGAAGCAGUGGGGGCUCCGGGCCUUGCAGAGCCAGUCAGACGUGAGCCAUUGCCAGCUGGAUUUCCAGAGCCGCAACAUCAUCCCCGAGAUCCAGGAGAACUUCCUGUGUCUAUGGGAGUACUGUGAGAGGUCAUUCGAUAAUCCUGAGUGGUUCUACCGGCAUGUGGAAGACCACAGUUUCUGUUCCGAGUACAAGGCAGCAGGAAAGGAGAACCACGUGGUCCUGUGUGGCUGGAGAGACUGCGACUGCGCCUUCAAGGGGCGCUGCAAGCUGCGGGAGCACCUGCGCAGCCACACGCAGGAGAAGGUGGUGGCCUGUCCCACGUGCGGGGGGAUGUUUGCCAACAAUACCAAGUUCUUUGACCACAUCCGCCGGCAGACUGCGCUGGACCAGCAGAGGUUUCAGUGUUCUCACUGCUCCAAGAGGUUUGCCACAGAGAGGCUGCUCCGUGACCACAUGAGGAACCAUGUGAACCAUUACAAGUGCCCUCUGUGCGACAUGACCUGCCCGUUGCCCUCCUCCCUGCGCAAUCACAUUCGUUUCCGGCACAGCGAGGAGCGGCCGUUCAAGUGCGACUACUGUGAGUACAGUUGCAAGAAUCUCAUUGAUUUGAGGAAACAUCUGGACACGCACAGCAAAGAGCCAGCUUAUCGCUGUGAGUUCGAGGCCUGCAGCUUCACCGCACGUUCCCUCUGCUCCAUCAAACUGCACUACCGGAAAGUCCAUGAGGGUGACUCGGAGCCCCGGUAUAAGUGCCAUGUCUGCGACAAGUGCUUCACGCGUGGGAAUAAUCUCACUGUGCACCUCAGGAAGAAACAUCAAUUCAAAUGGCCCUCAGGGCAUCCUCGCUUCAGGUACAAGGAACAUGAAGACGGCUACAUGAGGCUGCAACUGGUGCGCUACGAGAGCGUGGAGCUGACGGAGCAGCUGCUGAAGGACCGUGAGAAGCAGGCAGAGGCCCUGGAAAAUUCAGCUGAGUGCGUGGUGCUCUCUGAGGGUGAAGGCAACCUUCAGGCCGUCGUUCUGGAGGCCCCAGCAGGGGCUCCGCCGGUGGGGAGCAGCAACGCUGAGCCACAAGCAGCCUCGUGGCAACCUGCAGCUUACUCGGCUGGCAACCCUGAGCCAACAGGGCCAAGUGCCUUCCCAGGAGCAGCACUGUCCUUGGAGCAAGAACCCAGUGCCCCAGCCAAUCCCAUCAUCCGUGUAGUGAACCGGACCAACGAGCACGGGGAGAGUGAGACUGUGUAUUAUGUCAUGGCUGGCGCAUCCUCUGAGGAGCGGGCAGCAUUGCCUGGCGGGCCGGCCGUGGAGCUGGAGGAGAAUGUCAUGGAUCGCCUGCAGAAGACAGCUGAGGAGUUGGGCAUCCAGAUUGUGUGAGGAGCUCACGUGCCUCCCUGCACAUGGAAAACGGGCUGCUGUGGGAUG